AUGUCAAACCUCAUCCUCCGCCCAGGCCGAGCAGCCACAACCCUCCGCCUAACCCUCCGACAAGUCCGACCCUCCCUAACCACCACCCCACGCACCCUCCACAACCUAAGCACACAGCGCCCGCAACAUCCGCAGCGCCACCAAAACCCUCUCACCAUCCCAACCCAAAUCCGAACCUACGCAAACCUCAACGCCUCAAGCGGCAAAGCCGAAGCAGACCUCCUAGUAGAAGAACUCCAAGAACUCUACGAAGUCGCAAAAGACGAAUUCGAAAUCGCCACUGAAAGCACCGAUAGCUCAACCAUCUACGCGGCAUCGGAUCGGGAGUCUGCUCGCGAUGCCCUGAAUCAGCUUUCUGCUGUUUAUGGGCUUUACACGGCUAAGGCUGGGGAGGUGCAGAGUGAGGGCCAGAACCAGAGCCCCGGUGAGGAAGGGGAGGGAGAUGGGGAAGGGGCUAUUAUCGAGACGAAUUAUGAUCCUGCGGAGAUUCCGCAGGGUGUUAAGGAUGAGGUGCGGAGACGGGUUGGGCAGCGGAUUCGGGAGUUGAGGUCUGCUGUUGAGGCUUUGGAGGAGAGGGCUAUGGAGGAUUAA